AUGUUCCGUGAGAAGGACGUUUCGACGCGACUCAUCCGGCCGACAAUCACGGAAAUCCACGUGGAUAAACUCGCUCUUUUUGUGGAAAGAUGGAAUCAUGACUGGGAAAUCGAUGGCAGCAUCAAGGUAUCAUUUCGAGAUUUUUCGCGGGCCGCGCCGUGUUUUAGAUCAAAAAUUUCAAAAUCGUCAAACAUGCAAUUUUCCGAGUAAAAAAUCUGAAAAUCGAUCAUUCUCGACAAGUCUUUUCUCUGCAGAUCUUCGACGAAGGAAUUGCCCAGUACAUGCUGACAGACGUUGAGUCUCACUACAAAUAUUUCGCUGCGCUCAUCCUUUCGAAGCCCAGUUUGAGAUGCCGAAUUGUGAGAGAAGAGCCACGGGACGAGCUCGAAGAGCAGGAGAAUCGCAUCGUUUUGGUACUUGAAUGCGCAAAUUGAGCUAAAAAAAGGAUUCGAUUCAGAUUGGCGGCGAAAAGUUAGACAGUCAGGGCCAAAGGAGCAUUGAGUUUCUGAAAGGCAUCUUGCACAAACGCGGAUAUCGCUUUGAAUAA